CCGGCUUCGCCCUGCCCAUGUUUUGUAUGUCUCAGUCCGUCCAUCUCCUGACGUUCAAGUUCGUAGGAACGUCACGUCCGCACUUGAACUUGCAGCUCAGGGGGGCUUCGCCGUACCCCCAUCACUCUCUCUUUGCGAAAAAAGUCAUGAAGAGGUCCGCACAGUCCGUAGCGCGCUACGCCUCACCCUCUGUAUGAUCCGCAGUUCAUUUUUUUGUUUGUUUCUUUGUCCUAUUUGGAUGUCAGACGCAUCAAUGAAGAUAUUUCAUUUGGAGUCUACCUUAUAGGAACGGAUUUCCCAAUGUGAACUCAGCUGAAAAGCCGCCACUAAACCAACAUGUCUCGCCGCAAGCAAGGCAAACCCCAGCACUUGAGCAAACGGGAGUUUUCGCCUGAGCCGCUGUCAGGUGUUUUACCGGAAGAAGACUCCCAGGACUCCCCCAGGCUGGGAGUGGCUCACGGUGAGCCCCUGAAAGGGGACCCGGAUCUGCUGACCUGCGGCCAGUGCCACUCCCGCUUCCCCCUGGCUGACAUCCUGCUGUUCAUUGAACACAAACGGAGGCAGUGCCACGGGAGCCUCUGCACAGACAAGCCUCUGGACAGGCCACCCUCCUCCCCACUUGCCUCACCCCUCUCCACGUCCUCCUCUCAUUCGCGGACCCAUCAGCAGCACCCUCGGAGGGCGUAUCAUCCCGUGGAGGUGGCUGUUCAGGUGUCGCCGCAGGACGAGGAUUGUUUAUCUGCGCCUUUACAAGGAAUAAUCCCUAAGCAGGAGAAUAUCACAGAUAAAGAUGAGCCCAGCAGUUACACCUGCACCACCUGUAAGCAGCCCUUCACCAGUGCCUGGUUUCUGCUCCAGCAUGCCCAGAACACCCACGGCUUCCGUAUCUAUCUGGAGAGUGAACCUGGCAGCCCCCUCACUCCCCGUGUGGCUGCAGCUCCUGGGAUGGGGGGUGACUGUGCCUCUUCCCAGCCUCCACUCCAUGCUGUCCACUUGGCUGAUGGCAGUCCUUACAGCCUCCUAAGGAUGCCGGGCUCUGGGUCUGGCCGGGAUUCAGCAUCCACACCUCGUGAAGGUCGUUACCCCAGAACCCCACCACUGUUCAGUCCGCCACCACGUCACCACCUCAGCCCUGAUGACCUGGCAUUGGCAACCCACCAUCCCAGCGCCUUUGACAGGGUGAUGAGGCUGAACUCAGUGCCACUAGAAGCCCCCCCAAGCAUGGACUUUUCUAGACGUCUGCGUGAGCUGGCUGGGAAUGCCACUGGGGCUUCCCCUCCACUCUCCCCUAACAGGCCCAACCCUAUGCAACGGCUGCUGCAGCCAUUCCAGCCAGGUUCUAAACCUCCAUUUUCAGCUACGCCUCCCCUUUCCACCUCUCAGUCACCUUCUGGCUCACGCUCCACCCCCAAUGCUGUAUCCAGUUUGGUCCAGCCAGGCACACCUCUCAAAGCAAAGUCCUGUGAGUUCUGCGGGAAGACCUUCAAGUUCCAGAGCAAUUUAAUCGUUCACCGGCGUAGCCACACAGGGGAAAAGCCAUUCAAGUGUCACCUCUGUAACCAUGCCUGCACCCAGGCCAGCAAACUGAAGCGACACAUGAAGACACAUUGUCAGAACAAAUCUUUGGUGCUCAAUGCCAAGUCAGAUGAUGGUCUCUCAACGGCAAGUUCCCCUGAACCUGGUACCAGUGAUCUGAUUAGCAGUGCCACAGAUGCUCUGAAGUCGGUGGUGGCCAAGUUCAAGAGUGAGAACAAUGGCCUGAUUUCUGAAAAUGGAGAAGAAGAGGAGGAAGAUGAGGAGGAGGAGGAGGAAGAGGAGGAAGAAGAGGAGGAAGAAGAGGAAGAAGAAGAGGAGGAGGGAGAGGAGGAGGAAAUUGAGAGUAAGCCAGGAGUUGAAGAAGGAGAGGGAAGGAAUGACUAUCGUUUUAGCCUACGGCUUGAAGGGGCCCGCCACCACCAGAACAGUGAGGCCCUGCACCCACACCGUCGGAGCUUGUCACGGGAGCCUGGUGAUGAAGACUUGGCCAUGGAGUCAGACCGAGCAAAUGAUGGAACCACCACCAUCAAUGGCCUGGGACCUCUAUCCAAUGAUGGCCUGUCAAGGAAACUCCUUGGUGGAGGGGUCAGUCCUGGCUCCCUGAGUCCCCUGUCCAAGCGUAUCAAAGUGGAGAAGGACCUUGAUCCCCCAACACCAACCAUCCCAAACACAGAGAACGUCUACUCCCAGUGGCUAGCGGGCUACGCUGCCUCACGACAACUCAAGGAUCCCUUCAUCAACUUUACAGGUGGGGACUCCAGACAAUCGCCCUUUGCCUCCUCAUCUGAGCACUCAUCUGAAAAUGGCAGCUUGCGCUUCUCCACUCCACCAGCUGAGCUGGAUGGGGAACGGGCUGCCUCAGGACGCAGUGGGACCGGCAGUGGAGCCAGCACUCCCCACGGGAAUGGCAGGCCAAGCUCCAAGGAUGGCCGCCGCAGUGACACCUGUGAGUUUUGUGGCAAGGUGUUCAAGAACUGCAGCAAUUUGACAGUGCACCGACGCAGUCACACUGGAGAGCGGCCCUAUAAGUGUGAGCUGUGCAGCUAUGCGUGCGCCCAGAGCUCAAAGCUCACCCGCCACAUGAAGACCCACGGACAGAUGGGCAAGGACGUGUACAAAUGUGAAAUCUGCCACAUGCCUUUCAGUGUAUACAGCACUCUGGAGAAACACAUGAAGAAGUGGCACAGCGACCGCCCUCUGGCUAAUGACAUUAAGACUGAGUAGGCAAAGAGCAGCAUGCUGGCAGCUCUCUCUCUCUCAGCUCCCCUGGCUAAAAAGUGACCCUGGCUAACUAGCCAAUAAAUGAGGGGACAGGACAACAGGGUUCGGCAACAGUACACGGUACAGCCCUGUUAUCAUGCCCAACUGGAAAAAGCUGAAUGCAUGAUCCAUCAUUGGGGAAAUCCUAUUGCAUCAAGCGCAAAACUUUUCGAGCCUUUCUAUUGUGCAAUAAUUUACACGUUUUGUAUUUUUUUGUAACUGGACAGCAUGCUCAGUGUGUUUUGGCUACUUAGAGAGAAAUUUGUCCUUGGCUGGUGGGUUUGGUUGUACAUGUGUUGCUGUUAAUAUUUUUGAUUUCUUCAACAGAAAAAAAAUUAGUUAAGAGAACCCAUGCUGCAUACAGUACAUACUGUUUUACAUAUCAUGUACAGUUUUCUGUUCGAACAUAGUGGACAGUAUCAUAUUAUCAAAACAUCAAGACAAGCAGGGUCACACUUAAAACAGAUCUUUGUGAAAGACUUUCCAUGCAAGAUUGAGAUAAGAGAUACAUAUAUAUAGAUAUACAUAUAUAUAUAUCUAUAUAUAUCUAUACAGAUAUAUAUAGAUAUAUAUAUAUGAAUUGGGCUGCCUAUGAAAUGCUAGGCACUAGCGCCAUUAAAUAUUUCCUUGACAAACAGCAAUGAAAUUAACAAUAUGGUGUGAAAUGACAACAAUGAGUGCCUUGGAUAUUUUACCCGCAUUAGUUAAUCCUCCUUUUUGCUAUAAGCGUGGAGUGUCAGCGUAAGAAGAUUACAGGACAUUUUUGUGCACAUAUGGAAUAAGCAGGUCCUUGCAUCAAGCACCUGUACGACCCCUGUUGUUUUGUGACUUAGCAGAGUGUAAGGAACCAGCUGAAACAAGAAUGAAAAAAAGAUUACGUAUAUCUCUGGUAAAUCAUUUAUCUGCCUGACUCAUGUAUAUUGUUAUUCUCUAGAUUAUGAUUCUGUUUACUGGCAUGUUACAUGCUAAAAAGGAGUAGGAGUUUGGUGUCUUGAGUUUUGGUUUGGGAGUUUACGUUUUCCGGUACACGUGUACCAUACUGAGAGGGUAGUCUGAUGAGUUGUUUUAACCAACGUAAAGCUCUUAAUUUUCCAGAGUGUUUAUUUUCUUUGAAAAUUAAAAGUUUGCAGGUUUUUUGUAAGUAGCACAGAAUUAUGUCUCUUCAGUGUCAGUAAGUGGGCAGUGUUGCCAGCAGCCAUUUGAAGACCACAGAGUGGGUUUCGGUUCUUCUAAGCCAGACAGAUUUUGGGUGGUGGGGGUUUGGGUGUCUGAGGGCGAGGGCAGGUGAGGGUCAGGGUAGCGGGUGGGGAGUGGGUUGGCCGGGUGUCUUUACAAUUCAAAUGUUUAUGUCCUUAGAGCGCUUAUUCUCUUUACCGCAUUAGAUCUUAGAAAACCUUAAGUAAUUUGAAACCUUUUCUUAUUAACUCACAUUGGAAAUGAUUUUAAAAGCAAAUCCAAAUCAAAAGUCAAGAAUUUAGUAGUCUGAAUUUAGUAAAAACAUUUUUUAACAAAUUACCCCUUCCACAGAAGUGUAAAAAAAAGAGUCAAAUUUAUGUGUUUUUUUUGUUCUUUUCAUUUAACAUGCUCAAGACCUCAUUGUGGUAGUUGUAUUUUUUAUCUCCAUCCCCCAUUGUUGUUGAUAAUAUAGCACUUGUCACUCUGCCUUGGAUUCUGUAUCUGUCUCUCUAAUCGGAGAUACAGUCGGUUGAGUAUAAAAUAUGAACCGGAUUUCAGAUCUGGGACUACCUACGUGCACUGUUCAAUUUUCCCAGUUUACAGUCAUAUGCUCAAGGGAAAACUUGCUCUUAUGCUGACAGAUUAGUGUGGUGUCAUUGCUUUGCAUUAAAAACUAAAUAAAAAAAAGUUAAAAAGAGUUAAACUAGAAACUGUGGCCAGCCAUGUCUCCUCCUGAGAACUAAGUAUCAGUUUGGCUCUUGGGGGUAUCAAUGCAGGAACCGCCAUAGAAAUAUCCUGCUUCAUACCAACUAUAGAAACAUAUUGCUCAGUACAGAAAGAUAAAAUUUUACAAAAAUUUGAUUUUAAAAAAUAAGUAAAUUGUGUUGUUGAGUCUUUAAAGUAACACUUCAAUAUCUUUAGGGGAGAAUCUUAUUUAAUUUUUUUUGUUUGUUUGUUUGUUUUUUUUUUAUUGUUUAUUGUUUAUUAUUGUUUCUCUUUUCUGUCUUGGUGACAUCCAGGACAUGAUCACUAUGUAAUGAAUUGUAAUGAACAUGUCUCUCAUCUUUUUUUGCCUUUACUAUACACAAGUCUUCAGGUUGAACAAAAAUUUGAAUCGGGGAGAGAUUUAUGAUAUAUAAAUAUAUAGAGAGAACUUAAAACACAUAGGAAAAUGCACACUCAUGUAAGUUCCUAUGUUCGAAACACAUUUAUGGUCUACUUUUUUCCUGUAUUUAGAAUGGUAUUUGAAAUUAAUGUUCACUUAGUGUAGGCACUUAUAGUAUUUAUGUUGGAGCCUGUAUUUUUAACUGUUUUGCCUGUACUCUUUAAAGGUUUCAAUGUACCCUUUUUUUUCUGUAGUGAAAAAAAUCCCAACAAGCUGCCACCGUAUAUUUUCUUAAUUUGGCAGGAUAAUAUAGUGUGAAUAAUUUGUAUGCUUGAAAAUAAGUAUGUUUUUGAAAAAGAAAAUGUUGUGGUGUUCCCCAAGGGUGAGAGGUCAUAUAAUGGCCUUUUCAGGCAGUCCCGCUGGAGUGACCACAAUGAGGUAAAAACAGGUGGUUGUACAUAUCUUUUUAGUUUGUUUUGUAUAUUUUUCUCUCCUGCCAUUUUAUAUGCAGUAAUACAAGCUAUUGUUGGGUUUUCUCAGUAGCCAACUUUUUACUGUUCCUUGAACAUGUACCACCUGAUAACAUUCCAGCCGUUUUUGAAAAAGACCUUUUGUCAUAUGCAAUCAAUUCAACAUCAAUCUGAAAAGCAUUUUUUGCUAGGGUUUUUUUUUUUUUUUUUUUUUUAAUUUUCAGUUUAGUUUUUGUUUAUUCAUUGCCAAAAGAACCAUGGUGCUUUAUAAUUUAAAUAUGGUACAUCUCAUAUGCAAGGCAUAUUCUAAAUAUAACAGAAAUCCUAGAAAGAAAAAAGUUUGGUACAUGUUAUCAUUGCUGAUGGUAUUGAGGUACAUUUGGGUUUUCAGCCUGAUUUCAUCCUGUGUUCUGUAUUUACUCUCGAGUUAUUUGUUCUGAACUGAACUUGAAGUUGACCUACGGCAUUGGUCGACAUUAUUUAUUAUGACUCUACACACACACACAUGCUCUGUUCAGAACGGAGUCACUGAAAACAAAUCAGUUCAUUUUUCUCCCUCCUGACGAAUUGUGAUGGCUUAAUUUUGCUAUUUGAUGACCAAAGGUCAUUGACCAACAUUCAUGAGUUCUUGCUCGACUUACAGAUUUUGUUGUUGUUGUUUUUUCAGUUAUGGAGAUGCCACUAUUUUCAGCUGUUGUCUGCAUUAUUCUCUUCACUCAGCCAUUUUGUCUUGAAAAAAAAUAAAAAGUAUUACAUACA